AUGAGGGUUCAGGAAUUGGCUGAGGAGUUUGGCACUUUCCAACUCCGAAUCGAACGAAACUUCGAGGAUCUGCAAUCGCGGGUGGAACAACGAUUUCUCGAUCAUCAAACCCAGUUCGUUGGCAUCAAUUCUCAACUCCAACAGAUUCAUGCAGCGGUGCUUGGGGCUGAGGUUCAUGCUACAGAGCAUGCUUAUUCGAAAGGAGUUCAUGCCUCAUCUUCUACUGAGUCUGGGGGAAUACAUAUCCCACGCAUGGAUCUUAACGAUCCGCGUUCAUGGCUGAAAUCGGUUAGGAUGGAGCUUCCAAUUUUCAACGGAACCGAUCCUAAUGGCUGGAUUUUUCGCACCGAGUUGUAUUUUGGGUUACAGCAAGUGCCGGAGAACAUCAAGGUCCGUUUGGCUGGGAUGAAAAUGGAGGGAUUAGCUAGUCCUUGGUUUCAGUGGCUUUUCAGUGGAGGAUCCAUUCAUACUUGGGAGGAUCUGAAGAUUGCGGUUCGUCAGAGGUUUGGGGGUACUGCUUAUCAGGAUUUACGUGGAGUUCUUUCCAAGUUGGUUCAGGAAGGUGCAUUGAGUGAGUACAUCCGAAACUUUGAGGCUUUGAUUAAUCAAGUCACUGAGUUUAGUGAUGAGGUUUUGAUGUGUUUCUUCGUCUCCGGUUUGUUGCCUGAUUUGCGUCGAGCCAUCCAACUUCAUUCUCCUACCUCACUCCAUCAAGCAAUGCAACUGGCUAUUACCUAUGAUGCACACUUCGUGGAGCUGCGUUCAUCUUUUUCUUCAGGGCUUAAGAAAGGUUUUGCUAAACACACCUAUACUGUGGACCAACCAAGUCCAAUUUCUACAGUAUUACCUACUCAGAAACCAGGUGUUCCUGCUUUACCUUCUUCAACUCCUUAUCGAAAACUGUCUCAUGAGGAGAUGCAGAAGAAGCGAGAUAUGGGAAUUUGUUAUACCUGCGAUGAAAAAUGGAACUCUCGCCAUCGGUGUAAGGGAAAGUUGUUUUUGAUGCUAGGUGAUUCUGAGGAAUUGGAGACUGAGGCAGAAGAGCAUAUUGUGUGGCAACCUGACCCUAUUCUUGAGGAGUCUCAUGUGGCAGCCUUACAUUCUUUGGCAGGGGAAAGACAUCCUCGAGCACUUCAGUUCCAUGUGGAGAUUAAGGGAAGGUUAGUACCUGUUCUUGUGGAUUCUGGUAGCUCACAUUGUUUUGUCCAAAAGAAGUUAGUUGAUGUUUCUGGUUUAGCUACUGUCAAGGUGCCUAAGAUGUGUGUGUUUCUAGGCAAUGGGGAGUUUUUAAUCUGUGAAAGAAAAUGCAUAGGGGUUCUAUUAAAUAUUCAGGGGUAUGAGUUUUCUGUGGAUUUGUGGGUCCUGGAGUUAGCCAAUUUGGGCAUAAUAUUGGGCAUGUCUUGGUUAAGUACCCUUGGCCGAGUUAUUCAUGAUUAUACUGACAUGUCUAUGGAGUUCUUGUUCAAAGGAGGGAGGGUGGUGUUGUCAGGUGAAAAUUCUGGUGUGGCCAGAAAUAUAAGGGCCCCAAACUGUUUUCAUUUGGCAGGAGAAGGAGUCUCAGAUGUCUCACCUGAAUUAAAGGAAUUGAAGGCUCAAAUUCCUGCAGCCAUAUGGGAUAUUUUGGUGCAAUUUCACACUGUUUUCCAGUUUCCCACAGGGCUGCCACCACCUAGGGGCUGUGACCAUGCUAUUCAUCUGGUUGAGGGUGCCAAGCCGGUUAAUGUGAGGCUGUACCGAUAUGCACACCAUCAGAAAUGGGAGAUAGAGAAGCAGGUAUCAGAAUUGUUGGGUUCAGGUUUAAUAAAGGAAAGCAGGAGUCCAUUCUCAUCUCCAGUUUUGCUUGUGAAGAAACAAGAUAAUUCUUGGCGAAUGUGUAUUGAUUACCGUGCCUUGAAUAGCAUCACUAUAAAGGAUCGUUUUCCCAUUCCCACAAUCGAUGAAUUACUUGAUGAACUCAAUGGUGCUAAGGUUUUCUCCAAAUUGGAUUUGCGUAGUGGAUAUCACCAAAUUCUUUUGGUGCCUAAGGAUACAUCCAAGACUGCUUUUCGGACUCAUGAGGGCAUUAUGAGUUUUUGGUGA